AUGAUUCUAUGACCAUCAUUUCUCUUGUAGGCCAUUGAGGGCACCUACAUUGACAAGAAGUGCCCCUUCACUGGUAAUGUCUCCAUCCGUGGCCGAAUCCUGUCAGGUGUGGUCACCAAGAUGAAGAUGCAGCGCACCAUCGUCAUCCGCCGGGACUACCUGCACUACAUCCGCAAGUACAACCGCUUUGAGAAGCGCCACAAGAACAUGUCUGUGCACCUCUCCCCCUGCUUCAGGUGCUCAGCACUCAUCCUGCUUCUGCGGGAAGCUCGCAUCUCAUGUCUUCAGUCGAUGCUCACGUGGAGUGACAGACCGCUGGCAGCUCAGCGGAUGACCGCUUCUAUUUCAGCACAGUCAUCCCUGCAGCACUUCAGGUUGCACCUCCUUGUUCCGCAGCUCUGAUUAUGCAAGGUCACU